AUGGCCAAGCAGCAGAAGUACAUCCUGUGCAAUCGCCGUGGGUGUAAGGGCUGGACUUGGAGCACUACUGGGGCUAAGCAUUGUGAUCAAUGUGGUGGCCGCUUCAGGUCGCAGCAGUAUGCGCCACCUGGAGGCGCUCGCGGAGGCGCCGCCAACAACCCAGGCGCAGGUGGUCCUGGGCCAGAGUCCCUGUCAUCGCCAUCGCAGCCCGACAAGCCUGGCCGCUGGCGCGGACGGGACAGAUCCCGUGGGCCAAGUCACCCGCCAGGCCUGCGACGCCCAGGAUCGAUCACCUUCGCCGACGGAGAAGGACAUCAGCCACAAGAAGAAGAUAUCGUGGCCCUGGCGCAGGCGCAGGUUACGUUCUGGAAGAAAUGGAAGCCCAACGGAGAAGAGUACAAUGCAGCGUUGGGCAAACUCAAGCAAGCCAGGGCCUCCGUCCUGGCUACCAAGUCGUUGGAUCAACUGGCACAAUCUCUCUCGACCCAGCUGGAGACCCAGCGCCAGAAGUACAUCACGCAGACCACGGAGCUCAAGAAGCUCGUCGAGGCCAUCCUGGAAGUCAGUGGGCGGCACUCCAAACUCGUCGAGGAGGCCAAGUCCACGCAGCAGGAGAUCCAGAGCCUCGAGAGCCAAUACAACAUGGCCAAGCAGGCCGCCAUGCAAGCAGCCACAAAGGACGAAGAUCUACUCUCGACCUUGCAAGGAGUUCUCGCAGCCCGUAUGCCGCCAGGCAGCAGGGCACCACCCGACCUCUGCUCGAAGGUGGCAGAGCUCGCCUCCUAUUUCGACGACCUCACCGCCCAGCACGCGCAGACCCAGUCGCCCUCAGACUUCCCUGCUGUCGGCCAGUGCCCAGAGGACGAGUCUGGAGUGGACGCUGGCUCCGCGGCAAGCCAGCAGACCAACCCCGCCGAGCAUGUGCCGACCCCGACCGACACCGAGCUCGAUGACGGCAAGAUGGACGAGUCGGAGUCCCUGGUGCGCGCGGCGUCCGCCCCCCAGUCCGUGGCCAGCGGCAUGGCGGAGAUCCAGGGCGAGAACGGCCCAGAGGACCAACUACGUCGCGUUCCUGACGGAAACAUCUACACGUUUGCUACGAUCAACGGAUCGUGCUGGGGAGCAGUGAAGGCCUUCGUUGAGUCCGCCACUGCGAAUGAUUUAAUUUUCAUUUGCGCACAGGAGUGCAAGCUAGAGUCAGGUGAUAGCAUCACGCGUCAGAUUCAAUGGUGCUUCGCACGCGGCUGGCUCGCCCACAUUCCGCCAGCCGCCCGCAGCCCCUCGGGUGAACUCGUCUCGGGGGCGGCGGCUUUAGUUCGGGACGGCUUGGACUUGGGGGUCCAGCCUCUCCCCUUCCCUCCCGCGACGGACAGCUCCAGGAUCGCUGGAGUUGUCAUCGAAGCGCCAGGGGUCUCAGCCUUCGGUUUGGUGAGCGCUUAUGUUCAGGCUUCUGUGGGUCUCAAUGAGACCAAUCUAAAUCUGCUGGCCACAAUCGGCCAGACCCAGGAUCUCGCGGGCAAGCCUCUCAUUGUUGCUGGUGAUUUCAAUUUGCAGCCAGAGAGGAUCCAGAAAGGCACAGAUUUUCCUAAUCGUGCCACGAUGUUGGUUGCGGCGCCCACCGCUGCCACCUACUACACUAAGAAGACGAAGUCGACCAUCGAUUUCUUUCUCCACAGCCAG